CCACGCUGCCAGUUUACAACGAGCAAAAGUGGAUCUAGUUGGCGUCUCACGAGUCGCUGAAGAUGCCGUCGCGACGUCUCUUAUCUCGGUUCACGUCAAGGACGUCGUGGCGUAAAAGGGGAUAGCAGUGACCGCCCACUGUGAUCUGAUGUGGGCAGAGUCCGUCGUCCUGUGUGUUGACCGCAUCGUAUAUGGUCACUCGCCUAACCGGCGCAACUUUAUACAACCGUUGGAUCAGAGAUUACACGAUAUUCGUGUGCGCUCGCGCCUACCGCGACUGACACAUCAUAGUUUCCUUCCUGCGUAAGAGAAUCGUGUGUGGCGAGUAAUAAGGUUGCCACUGUGCUCGUGUGUUAGUGUUACGAAUAUGGCUAUAUUUAGCGUAUGACGGCUAGCGGUUCGGGAGCACGAACAGUCGCUCUGAUAUAUCUCGUUCUCUCGCCUGUGUUUACUAGCCUCGGUUUUAUGAUAUAACGGCAAGAAAAAUGGAAGAUAUAUUUCAGUGGUGUCGCGAGGGCAAUGCCAUGCAAGUCCGCGUCUGGCUGGACGACACCGAGCAUGAUAUGAAUCAAGGCGAUGACCACGGAUUUAGUCCGCUUCACUGGUGUUGUAAAGAAGGCCACUUAAAAUUGGCAGAGUUGCUUGUCAGCAGAGGAGCACGUAUUAAUGCUACCAACAGAGGUGAUGAUACACCCUUGCAUCUUGCUUCGGCGCAUGGCCACAAAGAGAUAGUGCAAUUGCUACUCCGAAAUCGUGCCGAUGUAAAUGUUACAAACGAGCAUGGGAAUACCGCCUUGCAUUACGCCUGUUUCUGGGGAGACCAAGCAGUUGCGGAGGAAUUGGUCGCCGCCGGUGCUCUCGUAUCGAUUGCUAACAAGGACGGCGACACUCCCCUUGAUAAAGCCAGGGGUGUCGUGGCCAAGAGACUGCAUGACUUGGCGGUGGAAUAUGGCCAGGACCUGAAGAAGAUCCAGUUCAAAGAUCAGAGCUGGCUGGGCUUGAAGACCAGGAGCCGAGACGCGACUCUAUCGAGGCACAAAGGGAUCAGCAUGGCAGAUCUGUCUCUCCACACGCAUCUCGCGAGCACACCGAGCGGCGAAACUUGGAGGGGACGGUGGCAGAACAACGACAUCGUCGCCAAGAUUCUGAAUGUUCGCGAGUGCACGGCGCGUAUCUCCCGGGACUUCAAUGAGGAGUUCCCGAAGCUGAGGAUCUUCUCGCAUCCUAACGUUCUGCCGGUCCUCGGCUGCGUCAAUCAGCCACCUCAACUGGCGACUGUUUCCCAGUACAUGGCGCGAGGUAGCUUGCACCGGCUUCUGCACGGUGGUACCGGCGUCGUGGUAGACACGGCUCGCGCUCUUCGGCUGGCUCUCGAUGUCGCCAGAGCUAUGGCGUUUCUUCACGGUUUGGAUCGGCAGAACAGGUGCAGAUUUCAUCUGAACAGUAAGCAUAUAAUGAUCGACGAGGAUCUAACGGCUCGCGUGAACAUGGCGGACGCGAAGUUCUCUUUCCAAGAAAUCGGACGAAUUUAUGAGCCAGCGUGGAUGUCGCCGGAAGCGCUGAGCAAGCGUCCGGCGGACAUCAAUCUCGAAGCUAGCGAUAUGUGGAGCUUCGCUGUUCUCCUGUGGGAAUUGGCGACCAGAGAGGUGCCAUUUGCGGAUCUGUCGCCCAUGGAGUGCGGAAUGAAGAUUGCGCUGGAAGAUCUACGCGUGAGCAUCCCGCCAGGGAUCUCUCCGCACCUCGCGAAACUCAUCCGGAUUUGCAUGAACGAAGAUCCGGGUAAGCGGCCGUCCUUCGACAUGGUCGUGCCGAUUCUCGACAAGAUGAAGCGCUGAAAUGGGAUGGGAUGGUAAAAUACGUGAAAAAUGGUGAAGAGGAACGGUCAAGUAUAUGUCCCGAGGGAUUUCGUCGAAACAUCUUAAUGAAUCUCCGUGUUAAACUGCCUCGAAGAAUUGUUAUUAACAACGAUGAAUGAUAUUUUUGUAUCGUCGUAUUUUACAAAUACGAGAAUACUGCCUUUAAAGAACCUAAAAUGAACUAGGUUUCCAGAUAGACUAACUUUUGCUACUUAUGUAUACACGUAUGCAUAUGAAUAACAUAUAUUAAUAUUCUAUACAGAAGCAUGCUUAUAUAUAUAUACAUAUAUAUAUCCGUACAUUAUUAAAUUUUUGAAUAUAUAGCACAGACGCAAUCCAAACAUUUCGCCAGCAUUUGUAAUGUUAUGAAGAAACAGAAUAGUAAUGCUAUUUGCAUUAAAGAACGUAUUUUUUAUAAAAUCUUUGAUGACUCAUCAUGCCUACGUCGAUAGACAUUGUGAACAGUAAUAUUAUGUUAAUUAGAGCGAUAACGAUGAAUAAAAUUGAAUAAUUUGAUAUUGUUAAAUUAUGUUAGAUAAAUAUAUACAUACUUUGUUGCUAUCAAAUGUAUCAUUACCCCAAUGACUACAAAAAUCAUUGUUUUUAAUGAAACUAUAUUUAAUGAGAAUUAGAUGUACCUGCAAUUAUU